GAGAGAGCGACGCAUUAGAGGAAAAUUAAGAGGAUAAUCGCCGUAAUGACAACCCCCUGCCCACAGAGGUUCUGUAUUUCACGGGGCCAGUUCCGUAGCCCCAAGGGAGCUGUUUCAAAUUCUCCCCCUAGUGAGGGAAAAGGGAGGCUGUGGAAGCUCGGAGUUCAAUAGGAAAAUGGCGACGUCGUGAUGGUUUCGGAGUUUGUUUGGGAGGCUGAAGCGAGAGCCGUCAGAAAAACUCUUGCCAUAUCUUCCACCCCACCGUCUUGGUCAACGGCCGAACAAAACAGUCCCAACGAUGUGACACAACCAUACUGGUAUCAAACUACUUCAAAAAGACCUGAAACAACAGAGAGUUGGCGCUACCCAACUACACAACCAUACUGGUAUCAAACUACUUCAAAAAGACCUGAAACAACAGAGAUUUGGCGCUACCCAACUACACAACCAUACUGGUAUCAAACUACUUCAAAAAGACCUGAAACAACAGAGAUUUGGCGCUACCCAACUACACAACCAUACUGGUAUCAAACUACUUCAAAAAGACCUGAAACAACAGAGAGUUGGCGCUACCCAACUACACAACCAUACUGGUAUCAAACUACUUCAAAAAGACCUGAAACAACAGAGAGUUGGCGCUACCCAACUACACCACCUUACUGGUAUCAAACUACUUCAAAAAGACCUGGAACAACAGAGAGUUGGCGCUACCCAACUACACCACCUUACUGGUAUCAAACUACUUCAAGUUCCAGAAGGACUCCUCUAACUCCCGCAACCUUUUUGAAAGUUGGCACAGCAGUAUUUGACGCAUCACCAUACAAGGUGUACGAAGGCCAUGACACCUAUCUGAAGGUCACAUGUGAGGUCAUAAAUCUGAGGCCUGGUAUCCGAUCCAUUGUGUCAAUCGACAUCUCUCGGAAGCGGGACAACGAACCAGGCUACACACCCCUCGCACACAUCACCGGCUCAUCUUCCCCCAAGGUUUUCGAUGCGACUCACGAUGCCCAAGUCUCAGGAGACAUCGACGAGACGGCCGGACUCGGCAAGCUGUCCAUAGAGUGGGCAUACCCGCUACAAGACGAGACCGGUCAGUACAAGUGCGAGAUCAAGGCUCUGACUACCCGUGGAGAGAUAGUCGGCACGGAGACUCACUACCAGACUGUGGAAGUUGUACAGGGAGACACAAGCCACCCCGAGAGCUUUUUGGAGAAGUACCGCUUUCUCGUGACCAAGUUCCGACUCUGCUCCAAAUCCGACAAAGGGCCAUGGGAGAAGAUGUUCGCCGCUGCGCUAGGCCACAAAGCCUUCACACUGAGUCCGGCAUUCGACGAGCAGUCAUUCGACUCAGCCUCUGUACCUAGCACGAAGAGAGUCCAGUAUUUCUUGUCCAACUUCACGGUCAACAGCCUGGACUUCGCAGAGAGUACCUGCAGACACGUCUUCAACAAUGGACCGCAUGCCGGACAGAUGGCUCGCGUGAUGAGCGCUAGGGAACAACGAGAGGCUUUCGAUUUUGUCCAACGUGCCGGACGGGAGGGGACACCGCCAGUUGUGUACUGGAGCUCCCAGACGUCCACCUGUCAGGCACUGACGAAGACAUCCGUCUUUAGGUUGAAACCCGUGGCAGUCCAGAUGUGUACCGAAGGGCGUAGGUACUCUAUGGAUCCCUUUUAUUUUUUGUGUGAAAAGGUGACGUACGGAAACGUCCGACUUUGACUUUGACGUGCGUGUAUAGGCGACAAAGCUUGAAAUAAAAUCUUUACUUUAUUGUUUUUAAAA